AUGAUGUCCACCGGCUCCCAUCGAGGAGAUUCCAGUAAUAGCAAUCCCUUGAAUAAGUCCAAUAUACCUCCUCACAUGCUCAACAAUACGCCACGCUCGUUAUCGGACUCCACCAUCUUGUCACAUCAACACGCCAAAAAGAGAAAAAGAUUUGAAAAUGAAGAGGACAGGGGCGAUGGCAGUGGCAAAUUCAACUACACAGCGCAAGAUCCCAGACAUAGAAACAAGCAUUCGUUAGCACCCAACUCAACACGAAGCAGCACCAGCAACAGCAGCAACAGCAAUAAGCGAAUCAAGACUCCCAAGAUUAUAGGCCACCCGUUGCCCACUUCGCGUAUAAUUGAGUCUCUCGACAAGACAAAUUUGCAGAAACUACUUCUUUCACUAGUUGACAUACACCCUGAACUAAACAAAACUAUAGGCAAAAUUACCCCGAUGCCGCUGACCGAUGGCUUAUUGAACAUUUUGAACCAAAAAUUCACCCAGAUUAUAGAUAGUUUGCCUUACAAAUGUGAUUCUACCAGCGAUUAUUCGUAUUUACGGGUCAAGCCAUUUUUGCACGAGUUUUUAUCGUGUUUGGAAGACUAUGUGCUUCACAUUCUUCCACAUACAAACCCGCACAAGUACCAUCGGUUGAGCCAUGCUUUGAAUUUCCUACAUGAAGCAACUAGUUUUAUUCACAAGCUACCAAAUUUCACAAACUCCGAGUACCAGUACAUUAGAAACACCACCCAUGAGCAGCUUGCAAAUUGCUGGCUCAUUAUUUUGAACCAAGAAAAAGCAGUAGAGGAAGGCGAAGACUUUUACAAAGUUGUUGAAGAAUUGCAGUUGGUUGCGAAAUUGAAAAUGCAUGCCUUGGAAGAAGCUGGCGGUGAAAAAUUCAAAAAAGUGCUUGAAUGUGUGGAGCUUAAAUUGUUCCAAGCUGAAGAAUUGUUCAAAGAACAGGCUAAUGGAGAUAUGAGUGGGAACUAUGGUAAUCGCAGGUUGAACGAAUUGAUCACCGUUGAUUAUUCACAGUAUUCGUUAGCUAAUCCAUCGCGGUAA